AUGGGAGCUCAAAAGAGCAUCCAUGCUGGCAAAGCCAAGAUUGAUGUGAAUGUUGAUUUUACUCACAAGCUGUGUGCUUCUUUGAUGCUUCCUUCUCUCAGGAACGCUGGAAGUCCUCUUUCUCUGAUAAUUGGGAGUCUUUGCAUCAAACACCCGAAUUUAUUUGGUGGAAGUGAGAAGCUUGAUGUAUCAUGGGAUAAGGGGCUCUAUGAUUCAAAUGUGUCAAUAGCUUAUAGAAGGCCAAGACCUGAAUGGCUUUGUCAAAAAUGUUUUGUUGUUCAGCAUUCUUUUUCACCUGAAAUAGGGGUCCAUGGUACACCAGUUGACAAUUUCUCUCGCACGGGGAGUGGAGGUGUAAAUUUGUCUCGAUUAUCAGUUGGUUUGGAUCGAAAUGAACCUGCAAGUUCUGACUGGAGGAGCACCACCAGUAUCAAAUUUGAGCAUGUCCAAUUAGUGAACGAUGAUGGACGCUCUAUAACCAGGGAUGUUGAUGGGUUCCCAGUGACAUGCAGUGGCAGUCCCCAUGACAAUAUGGUUGUUUUGAAGCAAGAGUCUCAAUAUGCAAAGGCAAAUGAUCACAGUUUUUCUCGGUUUAGCAUGCAAAUUGAACAAGGGAUUCCUAUUCUAUCAAGGUGGCUAAUCUUCAACAAGUUCAAAUUCAUUGCAACAAAAGGAGUCAAACUCGGCCCAGCAUUUUUAUUGGCAAGCCUGACAGGUGGUUCCAUUGUAGGGGACAUGGCUCCUUACCAAUCAUUUGCAAUUGGAGGGCUUGGUAGUGUACGAGGAUAUGGUGAGGGUGCUGUUGGAUCUGGGAGAUCAUGUCUGGUUGGAAAUAGUGAAUUGACAUUUCCUCUGAAUAAGAUGCUGGAAGGUGCUGUUUUCUUGGACUGUGGAACUGAUUUGGGAUCUGGUCGUCUUGUACCUGGAAAUCCAGCAAUGAGGCAGGGCAAACCAGGAUCUGGAGUUGGGCUUGGAUAUGGGCUUCGUUUCAAGUCUCCAGUUGGUCAUUUUCAGGUUGACUAUGCCAUUAACGCCUUUCAACAAAAAACUGUCUAUUUUGGCGUCAGCAACUUCAUAUGA